AUGGUCGCCGAACUGACGAGCAUUCCUGUUAGGAACGUAGAGCGAAAAACAGCUACAGUCAGCCCCGAGAAGCUUAGAUCCACCUCGAAGCCAAAAAGUAGACCCAAAUGGAUCCAGGCAGCGACUCGAGAGCCGAUAUACAGUGUUCUUGAUAGCGACCAGGCGACGAAAGGUCUGCCAGGUGGUAGUAAACGCAACGUGGUGGUGAUCAGCGCGGUGAAAACCGAUGAAUCACGAGAAAACGAACCGGAAGUUUCGCGCAGUGACCAGAGGAAUCGAUCAUUCGCUGUGUUACCGUCUGAAUGCAAGCCAACGUUUAAGGAUCUCACGAUCGAGGCUGAAGAUGAUGAUCCUCUGUACAGUGUGGUGAAUAAGCCAAAGAAGGUCCAGUUACCAGAAACGAACUCUCCAAAGAACAAAUUACCAUCGAUCAAGGAACAACAGUCCACGGAGGAUAAGGAAAUCCAACAGGAGAUUCGUUCGAGGCAAGAGGAACUGAAGAGGUGGUUGCAGGUGGCGUCGAAGCAGCUUCCGGAACCGCGACGUCUGUUCAACCUAGGUGAGAUGUACUCGGGUCAUUUGGGCGACUUUGAUCAGCUGCACGUCGACUGGCAAAGAUCCGUUUCGGUUCCUCGAGGGAUCGUCGGUCUGGUCGGUCCUUACCGUGUCUAUCAGAAUCCGAACGAACGAAGGGAGUACAUGCUGCAGGAAGAGGAACUCGUGGAGGAAGUGGUAGACUCUGUGAGUGAAAUUGCCGCGCGUGAGAAUAAUACAGCCACCGAGCAUCAUCAGAGAGCGAAAUGGAGGAUAAGGGAGGACGACGAGGAGACUUUGGUGCCUGAUAUUCGAGACAUACCUGGUCUCGAGGAUUUCACCGAGGAGAACAAAGAUGUGGCCCAGUGGAAGAAGAUCGAUGAUCAGGCUACCGUGGAGUAUAACCAGAACGAUGAAGUGUCCAAGUCGAAUGAAGAGUUUAAAGGGAGUAUGACUGGGGUUGUUUCGGGGAAGGAAGAACGGGCUGUGGAUGUGCCUGAUGAGACUUCGACUGUGUCUACGAGAUCGUUGAAGGAGAAGAAGGCCGGCAAUGAGCAACACGACAAGGACAGUCUGAACGAAACCGGAAGCACGACGGGUUGCACUGUGGAGGGUGCGCCUGGCGGCAGCGCCCCCAUACGGGGUGACAGACACACCGAGUCCGAGACCGUCGCCGCUGACACCACAAGAUCGUCUGGUCCGUCGAGAUCCUUGAUCUCCAGGCUGCUUUCCAGGGCGCGAUCGUCGAACGAUCUGCUGGAUCACUCCGAACCCUUUUCUCAAUUAUGGAUUGUCCUGUCGAACGUCUACGGCCAGCUGGUCAUGGUGUUGAUGAUCGCUCUUUGCCUGGCGGAAGUUAUGGACACGCCUGUACCCCUUCUCAGCUUGCAAGGUGUCUUCCUGAUGUAUCUGUACGUGGGGAGCAUAGCGGUGAUCAUCAGCAUCUAUAUAUGGGUGUUGGUGGACAGUUGCGGAAGCCUCGGUAGCGGUGCCAGCGGUGUCGACGACGCGGAACUCGGUGGAACGUCUUUGACCAGGUUCGGAUCCUUGAAACGUGCGCACAUCUCACGUUCCAGAACAGCACCGACCAGUUUCUACAUUAGGGUCGGAGCACUGCUCUUCGGCCUGGCGACUCUCGUCUUCAAUGGAUUGGAAAUGGCGAUGCACUCGAUGAUGCAGGGCGCGGAGUGUCUCAGCGACGUCGUCUUCGUCCAUCCGGUUCUUCAUGGUUUAUUCACGUUUCUGCAGAUGCACUUUCUUUUUGUCAAUUCGCAGGUUCUGGUAGAGAGGUUUGGUCUAGCAGCAAGGUUUGGGUUUAUUCAUCUGGCCGCCACCAACAUUGCAGUGUGGAUUCGAAUGGUAAUUUGGGAUUCCGCGCAGGAGUGGACGUAUUUUGUUCAUUUGGCGCAACGAGGGCUGCACAAUGCCGCUUCUCCGUUGAAUCUUCGGGGAUUUCCGGAGUCUCUGAUAAGACACGCUAGAGACUUAAUAGAUCAUUCUCCGCCGGGGAAAAACGCCUACCGACCGAUUUCAGACGAGCAAAUCUCUCAAGUGAUUGCUCUACAAGAAUGCCUGAACACGAACACUCUGGGCCAGUUGUGGACAUCAAGCAUGCCAUUCCUUUAUCCAUUUAUCGUGCAAUUCAGCUUGAUCGCCGCCGCAGUCACAUUCGUCAUGGGCCAGAACGUGGGUCGCAAUCGAUUGUCGCACAAGCAGAAGUUCUACAGCAGCAAGGAUCUAACGAGUCACACUAAAGUGGGCUGUGACGGGUCCAGCAAAGGGCUGUUCCUCGGUAUAUUGUGCAUGGUGGCCGGAAUAGUGGUGAUCUUGAUAUUCCUCGUAGUUAGAGAGGAUGAACACUUCCCAUCGAACACUUUGUCUUGGUUGACCUGUAGUACCCUGAUCAGUAUUCUAGUUCUGAGCAGCUUAAUGACAGCGAGUGGCCUGCUCCAAGUUCGUCAGAUGUCCGUGGUGACCAGAGCUCCAGCCGCCUUGGACAGUUUAUUGUCAAACGUCGCUUUAUUCGGUGUCCAGCUGUACUCCGUGUUCACGAUAGUGGUCACCGCGUGUUCUCUGGCCAUACUGGAGGGUCAGUCCGAUGAAACUCGAGCAAGACACAUUAUGCUACUCACAGCCUCCGUUUUACAAGUGAUACAGUGCUUCGCUCAGAGCACCUUGAUCGCUGAGGCCUCGAAACGCUCCUGCAUAACUCGCUUCCAAUUGAUAGCGAAACCGGCCCGCCAAGUGAUCACGUUCUUGUUGUUCAGCAACUCUGUCCUGUGGGCGUUCGACACUGUUAUAACGCAAAACUGGAUCUCCCAGGAGUUACAACUACGAUUCUUCGGGGUACUCGCGUGGGGCGUUCUGUCCAGGAUCGGGCUUCCAUUGUUAAUCUUCUACCGGUUUCACAGCUGCGUGUUGCUGUUGGAGGCGUGGAACAAGUGUUAUAGAUCUCUCCAUAGCACACAUCCUCUACUCUUUAUGAACAAUUACUGGGUACAACAACGACCAAAAUUGUAA